AUGCCUUCGCCAACUCGCUCAUCGCACCGAGCUGUGUCUCCCUCUGCUCCAACCUCAAGCCGCCAUCACCGCAGCCGUCACAGCCAUUCCCACCGCCACCGGCACCGGGAGAGCUCGCGGUCACGCUCUCCGCACCGAUCAGACAGACACAGAUCAGACCGUCACCACCGCCGUGCCGAAGACAAAGACCGUGGGCACCACGAGCGACGGCACCGAGAUGCUCCAACCAAACCGGUCGUGCUCCCUUUCCAAGCGCGCGAGCUCUCAGGGCGCGACCUGAAGGUUUAUGAGCCCAUGUUUGGCAUGUACUUGGAUAUUCAAAAAGGGAAAUAUAUUGAAGACUUGAGUGAAGAUGAGGUGAAAGGGCGGUGGAAGAGCUUUACGCAGAAAUGGAACCGUGGAGAGCUCGCGGAGGGAUGGUAUGAUCCCGCUACGCUCGCCAAGGCACGCAAAAGUGCAGAAGAAGAAGCAGCAGCUGGCCCGAGAGGUGGACGCGAAUCGCCUGAUUAUACGCAAGGCCAGCGAGCGGCUGGCGAGGCUCGACAAGAACCACCAGUAGGCGAUGACGAUGAGGAUGAUGAUGACGAGUACGGGCCUACUCUGCCACAAGCUGGCUCCGGGAGAGGCGGCCCACAAGCGGGCCCUGCAAUCCCAACUAUGCAAGAUCUUGAGCUAAAAAGAGAAUCGGCUAUUGAAGAUGCCAUCGCUGCCCGCGGCGAGUCCCGCGAUCAGUAUCGCGCCGAAAUUCGUGCGCAUAAAUCUGCAUUGCGCCAUCUCGAAGACGAGGUUGCGCCGCGGGCUGAGCCGGGCACACGGGAGAGACAGCUCGAGAAACGGCGAGAAGCUGCUGCGAGCAAUCGUGCAUUCGCGGAUGCGCGCGGUGGUUCGCCCGAGGCAGCUCGGGAUGAAGAUUUACUGGGCGGGGACAAUGAGCUUUCCGCAUUGAAACGGGAAAAGGAGAAAGACCAACCGGAGCGCGAAGAACGAGCGCAGGCAUAUCGACAGAAGGAGCAGGAGACUAUGAGCUUCUUGCAAGCUCUGGCGAAGCAGCGAUUCGGCUGA